GAACAACGCCGUCAUCUCUCACUAAAGCCUAGGGUAGAGGUGGCUUAGAGCGACUCUUCCAAAGAGGGCGGGUCGUCAAAGAUGGCAACCGCUGGCAGCGCAGUUGCCGAUGGUCAGGGAAUCCCGGAGGGCUACAAGAUUCUGCAGGAAGGCAAAGCCCGUAUCUUGAAAAAGGGAAACGAGGUGUUCUACAAUGAGGCACAGGUCACCAACCGCGACCUGUCCGUGGCAGCUCUGCGGCUCUUCUUGCAGCGGCGUGAGAAGGAGAUAGCCUCGGGGACGCUGAAGCGGGGCAGGAAGGAGAGGCGGGAGAAGGCCAAGGAGAGGAAGAAGGAGGCAGCCGCAGCAGCAGAAACUGAGCCCGCUAAGGAGGCGGAGCAGCAGGCAGAGGUGAAGCAGGAGGCGGCGG